AUGAGUGUUCCCUAUGCGGAUGAACUAGCAAAAUGUAUUGAUUCAGAGGCCUCAUCAGUUACAAUCACACACAAUCUAGAUUUAUUUUCACCCAAUUCCUCACAACUGCAUUUGACAGAUGAGGAGGAUGAAAAUACAGUAGUCCAACCGAAAUGUAAUCAAACUGUAAUAUUGGUCCCGGUUAAUAAUACUGAUUCACCAGUUACAGUGUCUUCACAGUCUAUAACUUUAGUCGGUGAUAAAGUACCGAAAGUACCGUGCUUCCUCUGCAGUAUUAAACACUAA